UAUAAACACACUAUAUAUUCAAGUUUAUUAUCGCAAGCAACAUUUCGGUCGACUAACCUGCUUUAAUCUGCAGAAAUAAAGCCCCUCCACUCUUGGUAAUCGGCAGUAUUCCUAAAACAUGUAGGUUUAAAAAUGAAUCAUGUUCUAAUCAAAUUAUUUAAGCACGCAAGGUAUGCAUCACAAAACUAAAAUGUCCCUAGCAAUACUGUGUUUAUAAAUGUACUCUGGCAUUUAAAAUGUCUAUUGUUAGGGAGCUUUGCUUUUACAUUGUUUAGAUAUAUCAUUCAAAAUUCCAGCACAGGCCAGUAAGCUAGAGCAGGGGGUAGAGGGGUGUCACAGGGGACAUGGAAACGACUAGAAGGGUGUUACAGCUUGUCUCUCAGUGGCCUUUCCGUCUAAAAGAACAGCCUGGACUCUCUCAUAUCUAUGCCUCACAUAAUAGCCAGCAAGGAGGAGGGUGUUUUUGUUCUGAAGGAGAAAGGCUUCAGGAUGUUGCUGCUCAAAAGCAGUAGAAGUGGCUUCCUGCUGGGGGAAAUGAUCAAAAAGCCAGACAAGCCCCUGGUUGGACACGGCAGAACUUUUCGCUCUAAUGCAUACACAGGUUUGUGCACAUGUGGUGGAGCUGGACAUGCAGACGACGCUCUCCAGAACUAUACGAGGUUGCUUAACCCUUGUCUAAAUGGAAAACCUAUAAGGAGUGGUUUGAUUCAACAUGUAUAAUGAACAUUUCGAAGAUUCAGAUUUCAUGGACAAUUCGCAACCAUAGAAACCAUGCUUCUGAACCUGACCAAUGGGAGCUGCCAAAUCCCUCUGGCAAAUGACAGAGUAGGUCUGACCUACAUCUACAGCUUUGCCUUUUCUAUUGGACUCCCGGCUAACCUGCUCUCCCUCUGGGGUCUGUACCAGCUAGGCCGGUCAGGAGGAGGAGGCUGCCAGCUGGUCUAUAUCCUAAAUUUACUGCUUUCAGAUCUUCUCCAGCUACUCACCUUGCCCCUGUGGAUCCUCUACCUGCAGGGAGACCACCGCUGGCCUUACGGGUCUGUGACCUGCCAGCUAGUGGGCUACGUUUUCUACGUUAACCUCUAUGCCAGUGUUAUUUUUCUGUGCCUCAUCGCCCUGGACCGCUGUCUAGCGAUCGUCUACCCUCUCAGCAGCCGUGGGGUACGGAAAAUGCGUGUGGCAGCAUUUUCUGGUGUAGUAGUGUGGACUUUGAUAUUUCUCUUCUGUCUGACUGGCCUCUAUCCAUCCGUGUUCGAGCCCCAGAGAGAGCUGUGUCUGGAGCAGUACCCUGUGAGCACCAGAUAUGCUUACUUUAAAAUCGCCACAGUCGCUUUAGGGUUUCUGAUGCCCUGCUCUAUUCUAGGGUACACCUCUGCUCGAAUCGGGCUGACUCUGCGAAACUCCCCGUCUGUCACGGAUCACGAAAGCAGAAGGAUUGUCGCAACCCUGGUUGUCAUCACUGUCAUCUUCAUUGUCAUUUUCGGUCCCUAUCAUCUGGUGGUCGGCUACAGAUUUGUCACCCUGCUUCUCACGGAAAGUGAAAAAGACCAGUGUUCGGUGGAAGUUUCUCUCUACCUUUACUAUCGAAUCUGCUACGGGCUCACCAGCCUCAACACCCUUCUAGACCCUCUUUUUUACAUCUUUCUCUGUAACGAUGCCCGUCAAGAGCUUCGCAGAUCUCUUCUCUGCCCGUGCCGGGGUCAUGGGGUGCACCAGGGGUCACGAGUGACAUCUUUUCCCAAAAGUCGCCUCAGCCGCAGUGCAGAUGUGUAGCUGUUUCAUACAGAUGCUAAUCAGUGUUGGAGUUUUUGUAACAAUGUUUUCGCACAUGUGAAAAUGUUUUAUCAGAUUGAGAUUUGACAAAUUACCUGUCGCCACUAUGACAACGCCAGUGAUGUCAUUAAGACACGGCUGGUAUGAGGCGGUGGCACGUCCUCUGGAUCACUGUCAGUAGGAGCCACACGUGUCAGAGCUACUUCUUCAGCAUCUUCAGCCUGAGGAGAUUCUAAUGCAUUCUCUGUAUUGCUUUAAAUACUUCAUUACUAAGUUACUCUAGCAUUCAAACAUUUGGGGUUGUUAUGAAAGCUUUUGAAAGAAGUGCUCAUUUACUCGAUAAAAAUACGAUAAUGAUGUCAAAUAAUGCUAAAAGUGUAAAGUAUCAUUGUAUAUUUGAAUUUAUUACUAUGAUGGCAAAGCUGAAUUUUCAGCAGCCAUUACUCCAUGGUCCUUUAGAAGUCAUCCUAAUACUGACUUGGUGCUCAAUAAUCCUUUCUUCUUGUUGUCAAUAUAUAUAUAUAUAUAUAUAUAUAUAUAUAUAUAUAUAUAUAUAUAUAUAUAUAUAUAUAUAUAUAUAAAACAAACAAAAGUAACUUCAAAAUAUAAACUGGAUAUAAAUAUAAAAUGGAAUUGCAAGAAAGUAAGACUUGCAUCUUGCAUUUCAAUUUUUUUUUUUUUGCUUGUGAAAUCGAAAAAAAAAGUCUGAAUUGUAAGAUAAAAAGUUGCAAUUGCCUUUAUUUAUUUAAUCCAUAGUGAAAAACAGCUUCCAUACUUUAAUGUAACAAUCGAUAUGUUCUUGAAUAAUAAAAGUAUACAAUUGGUAAAUUAAAAAUAAAUUAUAAUAAAUGCAAUUAAAUUAAAAUGACCCCAAACUUUUGAAUGGUACUUUAAUUUCCGACUGUAAAAUCUGCUAUGCCCUGUUGUUUUAACAGAAGCACGAGACAAUGAUAAAAGUGAGAAAUAAGCCUAUACAAUUGGUUUAGGAUUAUUUAAAUAAAGAAGCUGCUUAAAAGCCAAAGAUCCUGUUCUAUAGCAAAGUCAGAAACCAGCGAAAAGGUCAAGCUCUUCUGUUAUGGAUUUAAAAAUUUCCAAAACAGGUCUGACACCUAAUGGAGGAUGUAAGCAAAGGCGGGCCAGUACAUGUGUUUUCAGAUCAGAUUCUGCACUGCCAGUAUGAAUGUAACUACAUGCCCAGAGUCAGACUGCAUGUGCUUGCUAUAGAUGCAUUUAUGCUAGAGGGCUGAAAUGUAUACGUUCCAGCAUACUGUAGCUAUCAUACCUUCACCUCCGCAAGAAACUGGCUAUAUUCAGAAUAGAAGAAUAAUGUACUGCUUAGCGUGCAGUAUAUGCCACCUACUCUUUUCUUGAAAUAGAAUGUGAAACAGUAUGAGAAUGCCACAAUAAACACUUACAAACUUA